GGAGAAACCAUAGCCAUGGCCCAAGCAACGGCUAUGGCGGCCACGACCACGGUGGGCUGCAUGUCUACCUCCCAGCCGUUGCUCUCCGGGGGGCCCGGGGUGCCAGAUGGCUGCCCUUCUGGAACGCCACGUGUCAAGUCCAGCGCCCUCAGAUUACCCUCGCCCCUCUCCGCCGAAUGGGGGGUUGUUCGCGGUCUGGGGCCCGUCACUACCCCUCAACCGCCAUUGUUGUUGACGUCAUCGCGGCGGCAAUGCCGACAACGGGGGUUGAGCCGUGCGGGGGCUGGCUAUGGGGGCGGUGAGCGGGCCACGUGGACGGCUCAGGAGCCGUCGAUGACAGCAGCAGCAGCAGCAGCAAAUGCAGAGCUGCCUGAAGAUGGCAAGGAGGAGGGAGUCACCACGACGACGACGACGACCACCUCACCGAGCUCGAGCAAUCAUGGCUAUGGCGAUGGACAUGGAGCCGGGUCUCUCGUCCUUAUGCCCAAGCCGUUGCUUAAUGCGGUUGCAGCUGCAGCAGGAUCCUUUUUCGUUGCCUCG